AUGGCCGAGCUCGAGCAGAAAAAGUCGAUAGUGAUUGUCGGUGGCGGCAUUAUCGGCUGCACGACUGCCUACUUCCUCACUCGCCAUCCCAAAUACAACCUAGAUUUGCACUCAAUCCAUCUUGUUGAGGCAACAGGGAUCGCCAGCGGUGCGUCGGGCAAGGCUGGUGGCCUGUUGGCUUUAUGGGCGUAUCCGUCGUGCCUGGUGCCGCUGAGUUUCAAGUUACAUUCGGAACUCGCCAAGGAACACGGAGGGGAGCAGAGAUGGGGCUAUAGAGGCGUGGGUGUUGGCCAGAUUGAGAUGAAGGGACGGCAUGUCAGUAGCCAGGCGAAAGUGAUUACCCAGAAAGGGCCGGUGGAUGGCGAAGCAAGUGGAGGCGGCAUGGGCAAAGAUGAGGACAUCAGAGGGGUGCACAGGGCAGAUGUUGCCAGCGAUGGCAACGUCGAUUCCACCCGCGUCAGUCUCCAAAAGCGAAGCAAAGAAUCCUACGCCAAUCUACGCAGCAUGGGCCUCCCGGAUGAUCUCGACUGGAUCGCAGAAGAAUGUGUCUUGGGUUAUGAAUCAAUGGGCUCGCAUAAAGACACGGCGCAGGUCCAUCCAUAUCAGUUUACCACGUCGAUGGCAAAGCUUGCAGAGGAAAAAGGCGCCCGACUCAUCCUGGGGAGCGUCAGCAACAUCGAGCCUGCGUCUGGGGAUGGAGGAGAGCACACGGUAAGAUAUACCGAUACCUCUACAAACGAAUCGAAGUCCAUCCUCGCAACAGAUGUCAUCGUCACUGCCGGGCCGUGGACGAAGACCGUCUGGCCGGGGACCCCAAUCGGUGCAUUGCGCGCCCACAGUGUAACCAUCCGCCCUUCGAGACCCGUCAGCGCAUACUGCUUGUUCACGUCUCUCUCGCUGCCCAAGAAUUUCAAGGAAGGCGCAAAAUCCCGCGCCAGCCACGUCACGCCUGAGAUCUAUGCGCGGCCGAACAACGAAGUCUACGCGUGUGGCGAGGGCGAUCACCUGGUGCCGCUGCCAAAAUCCACGGCCGAGGUCCAGGUGGACCACGGUCGCUGCCAAGAUAUCGUCGACUAUUGCGCCAGUGUCUCCGACGAGAUGCGCGACGGCACCGUCUUGGUCAGGCAAGCGUGUUACUUGCCGCAGGUAGAGACGGGUGGCGGCCCGUUGGUGGGCUUGACCGGCGUCAAGGGCGUGUAUAUCGCCGCGGGACAUACAUGUUGGGGCAUCCAGAACGGGCCCGGCACCGGGAAGGUGAUGAGUGAGUUCGUGUUUGAUGGCAAGGCGGUUAGUGCGAAUGUGAGUAGCUUGAACCCCAGGAGGGUGCUGACAUAA